AUGGUUGGAAAUACGACCCCCGGGGAGGUUGUGCCCGUCGACUCGCUUCGCCCCGGGACGACGGGGCUCAACCUUGUGGUCAAGGUUCUGGACGCCAAGGAGGUCAUGAACAAGAAGCGCCCGGACGGCUCCUCGGUUAGGAUCGUGGAGUGCACCGUCGGGGACGCGUCCGGGGUUAUCCUUUUCUCGGCAAAGAACAAGCAGCAGGUGGAGACGAUGAAGGUGGGAACGACUGUGAGGGUGCAUAACGGCAAAAUCGACAUGAUACGGGGUACGAUGAGACUGGCGGUGGACCAGUGGGGGCUGCUCAAGGAGGAGUCCGGGGGCGAGGAGGUUUUGCCAAAUCGAGACAACAACCUUUCGCUGGUCGUUUACGAGCUUGUCGCAAGCACAGACUUGUUUUAG